UUUUUUAGCCGCUGGCACUCUGCAGCCUGCCCCGGCACAAACAGGUCACCAACUCGCCCGUCGCCAGUGCACUACUGCGCUAGCCACCAGCGUGUGCUGCCUGGCCCCCAUUUCCUUCUUCAACGACGCCCUCAAAGGCUUCCCCACUCGCUUCACCGCUGCCUACCGCGAGCCACCAACCGGUCGGCACUGCCACUGCAAAGAGAGGUAGAGUAGUGGUAGGACACGAGAACGAGAGCUACGCCUGAUCGGGGGAGAAGAGGAAAUGGGUGCGGCUGCGACCACGGCGCCGUGCGGUGCCCUGCUGCGACGCUCCUGCGGCCCGCUCCUCGCGCUGCUGCUCUGCUUCCAGGUCCUGCGCACGUCGCAGGCCUUCAAGCUGCGCGGCGGCUACGAGGAGGAGAAGGUCCCGCUGACCGUCAUCGUCCCGGACCCCUCGCCGCAGCUCUCCGGCCUGUCCCCGGCGCCGCUCGCCGCGCCGCCGCCGGUGUUCGGCGGCGGCGGCGGCGGCGACGACAUGCGGCCCAGGCUGCCGACGGAGCGCUGGCGCCGGGGCAGGGGAGAGGCCAGGCGUAGCGCCGCGCACCCCCCGGCUGCCGCGGCUUCUUCCCACUCCCACCAGGCGCCCGCGCCCGCGACGGCGCCAUCGGCUAGCCUGCCUGGCCCCGCGCGCGGCCCCGCUCCCGGGCCCGAAGCAUCAGCGCCGGCGCCGGACUCCGCCGCCGGGAGCGGCGGCUCCGCGUCCAUCAAGAGCAGCCCCGCCGUGCCGGUCCCGCGCGGCGUCACGGACACCGCCACCAUCCUGCCCAUGCCGGCGCCCGGCGAAAAGCGGCAGGAAGUGGGAGCAGCCACUUCGGUUGGAGCCGGCUUGGUGCCGCCGCUGCUGCUUGGGCUGCUCAUCGUCAUGAUGGCAUCUUUUGGGCUUUAAGCUGGUAGAUCCGUAGUAGAUGCAUGCGGCUUAAAAGUAGUCAGUCCUACUAGGCACUAGCACUGUAGCAGAGAUAAAGCUUCUUCCUUUCUCUUCUUUCUCUUCCCUCAUUGUUGCUUUCUGUGCGCGGCUAAUCCUCUGUAAACAAAGCUCGUCUUCCUUUUAUCUGCCACGCCCUUUCUUGUCA